AUGCAAACUUUUCCUCUUCUUAUUUUUCUAUUCUUGGGCUUUUCGACUUUUCGCGUCUCCUCGGUCGCUCUGGACGAAGCAGAUCUCGAAGACUACGAAGAACGCCGAAACUUCCACGGUUUGUUUUUUUUUUUAUAUAAGCGACCUUGAAAAAUACUCUCGAAAAAGUUGCAGACACGCUCUGCUCGAAAAGGCCUAAUCUGUCGUCAUGUCAAUCGCCUUUCACGCCUAGAAAGUUCCUCGAUGAAAGAGAAAGGCUAAAAAAUGAGAAAUAUUUGCGACGGCCACAGUAUCCUGGCGAUCUUCGGGUUUGUUCGGUUCAAAAGUUCUAUUGAACUCUAAAAAUAACUUCGGGGAUACAGAAAUCAAAAACUGUUAAGAAAUCAUUGAUUAAAAAAUUGAGUGAAAUAUUUGUUCCAUGAACAGAGUGCCCAAAAAGAUUUUGAAGAAAACAUCAGUUUCAACAUAUAUUUCGGUGCCUGCAGAAUCGCCGUCGGGACUCGCCUUGGUGGGACGAUUCCGACGACGAGGACUACGAGUACUACCUCUGGAAGAAAAGAAGACGUCAGCUUCUACGUCGUAAACAUCUCCAAGUGUAAGCCGUGACUUAUAAUAUUUGAAAGAUAUCUGAAAAAGUUUUCGAAAGUAAAGAAUGACCCUGAAUGCAAGUGGAAAACCGAAUGAAUAUAAUAAAAGAGUCCAAGCUUUGAUAAAAGAGUUUCAGGGGCGGUCCCGAGUAUCACUAUCACUACCAGCCUAGCAGCAAUUACUACAACCAGCAGCCAACCUACAGGUUCACAUAAAGUUCAAACUUUUAUGAUAGGCUAUCUAUUUGUUUUUUUGUUAUUUUGUUAACGAAUUGAGCCCCAAGAAACGGUUCUCAACCAAAGUUUUGAUCCACGGUCCCAUGAUUCGAUUGUUUUCUGCUCUUUAUAGCUCAUACCCCUCCUACGGUGGUUACGGCUAUGGUUAUCCUUCUUAUGGAGGUUAUGGUGGAUACGGUGGAGGCGGCGGCUUGUUCAACAUCGGCUUCGGUCGCCAACUCGGAAUCAUGACUCCUAUCGGCGGAUUCGGCUACAGCAGUGGAUUUGGCAUCGGCAUAGGCUGA